CUCCUGUAGACGGACAUGCCCCACUUUGGGACACAUCGAGCAUCGCUGAGAUCCGGCGGCUCUACGGGACAUCCCGGGCGCCGCGCCCGGGCGGUGGGCCUGCCUGGGAUCGGCGAAGACGAAGCAAGGACGAGGAUACAGCAGGAGCUCGACCGCAAGAAACCCUCCGAAAGAAACCUCGCCCCCGGAGACCCCAGGAUCUCCAUAUAUUGUUGUUUUUGUUUUCUUGUUGCGCAUCUUUUGCGGAUAGGGAGCGCAGGAAAGGAAUGGGGGACGCGGAAAGCCGAAGAUCAACGCAUCACAUCCUCUCAAUGCAAUGCCGAGGCCCUGGUGAAAGAGCGGGCAUACCGCGGGCAGACGCAAAACGCACAUGCUGGAACGCGAUACUUUAAAGAGGCGGAGUUGGGCUGCGGAUUUCCGCGCCCAAAAGCCGACGCAUCAAACUGAUCAUGGCUACAAGCAAAAUCAGCUGAAAGAGAGAGAGGAGAGACACAACCAUGAUGAGGAGGACGACGAGGGGGAAGGGAGUGGAAUGGAAUGCCCAGAAGGCCGGGGUGCACAGCAGGCAACAUUCCAUCGAACGCAGCUCGAGAGCACCAAAACUCGGGCGACGGCCAGGCAGUCGAGGCGCACCCAGUGCGGAUGUGCAGGCACGCACCGGAUCCUGGCGCUGAUGCGGGCAGCUGCGCAGGCAGCUGCGCGGCGCGGAACAUUUCGCCGAAUCCUUCGCGUGUGGGGAGCGGCUGGCCAUCCGACUUUACGUAAAGUCGGAUGGACGUUACGACUGUACGUGAAGUUUCCUGGGGUGCUAAAUGUACCACCCCAGAAGAUGUAGAUGCGCGGACGGAGCCCCCCGACGGGUCAGCCACAAACGCCCACCACCGCAGCCUCGAGUCUGACUGGGUCGGCGGCGUGCGAGAUCGCCUCGUGCGCCCGGCAACGAGGAUCACCGCUGCCACCAACGCAAAGCCACCACAUGCUCCAGCCAUGGUGGCAAUGUCGCCGCUGGCAGAUCCAAGGGGAGCUGUCUGGCCGACGGAGAACCUCGACAGGAAGUCGAACGGGACGCGGGGCAACAUGAAAGUGUCAGAGUCCUCAAAUGGGUACUCUCCUGCUCUGCAAGCGGUGGCCAUGUCUUCAAUCUUGAAUGUGAAAUUGCUCACGUACUGGACACAAUAUUUGAACACUCCGUUCGAGUCUUUGAACUCGUCGCAGCAUGGGGUAAACUCUUCGACGAGAGGUGGGUCCAUAUUGGUAAUCGCCUCAGUUUGCAAGCACCUGCACUCCCUGGUGAUAUUUUUGCACUCAUCAGACAUGUUCUUCUCCUGCGACGAAGUUCCGUCCUCCCCACCGCACGCAUUGAUAUGUUCCAUGACCUUCUGCACAAACUCGGAAACCAUGGUGUCGUUGCUGGACACAGUCUCCAUCCUGUGUUCGUACUUUGUGACAGUGCAGUUCCACAUCUGAAUUCUGACACUCCAUGCUGCCAUGACCCAGGCGAAGUACAAGGUGUAGGCGAAGUACAAGGUGCUGAGCAAAAAAACGGCGCAACAGCAACACAACACACCAACACCGAUUGCGCACGCCACAGCAGGUUUCGACAUCACCGCUGAUAUGCCCUCGCCUAGUGGACUGGCGACAGCUCGACGCAGCAUUAGGAGACCCCUCGCCAGAAGCUUGAACCAGAACGACUUGAACCAAAAUGCUUACGGAGGACCUCCAUAAAUUUUUGGUGCGGGAACGUCGCGCCCUCCACAAAAGAACCAUCGAGACCCAAGAAACCCAG